AGCCGAGCCGAGCUGAGCCGAAUCGAGCCGAGCCGAAUCGAACCGAGUCGAGCCGAGGACAGGACCGGCCGAGGUUUCGCUGCCCCGUCAGUGCCCAAGGGAGGCUGGCCGGAUCACUCACGAUGGCUGGCUCCUCUCCGCCGCCGCCGGACGUGGCCACCGAUGACUGCCUGCAGGAAUAUUCGUGCCUCUUCAGCCCGGACAUCCUCCGGGGCAAGGUGGCCUUCAUCACCGGAGGAGGCUCAGGAAUCGGCUUUCGCAUUGCUGAGAUUUUCAUGAGACAUGGCUGCCGCACCGUCAUCGCCAGCAGGAGCCUGCAGAGAGUCUCUGAGGCUGCUGAGAAACUGAGUGUGGCCACAGGCCAGCGUUGCCUGCCUUUGUCUCUGGACGUGCGGCAGCCCCAGACGAUCGCCGUGGCAGUCGACACAGCCCUGAAGGAGUUGGGCCGGGUGGACAUUCUCAUCAAUGGUGCGGCAGGUAACUUCCUGUGCCCAGCCAAGGCUCUGUCUUUCAACGCCUACAAGACGGUGAUUGACAUAGACACCAUCGGCACCUUCAACGCCUCCAAAGUGCUCUUUGAGAAAUGGUUCCAGGACCACGGAGGAGUGAUCAUUAACAUCACGGCCACGCUGAGUUUCAAAGGGCAGGCUUUGCAGGUGCAUGCCGGCACGGCCAAGGCUGCAGUAGAUGCCAUGACCCGGCACCUGGCCGUGGAGUGGGGCCCCUAUAAUGUCCGGGUCAACAGCCUGGCCCCCGGGCCCAUCAGCGGCACUGAGGGCAUGCGGCGUCUCGGGGGUUCCCAGACCCACUUGAGCAGAGCUAUCCUGGGGAUCCCCCUCCAGAGGCUGGGGAACAAGACAGAGAUCGCCCACAGCGCCCUGUACCUGGCCAGUCCCUUGGCAUCCUAUGUCACGGGGGCCUCCCUGGUGGUGGAUGGCGGCAGCUGGCUGACAUCCCCCAACGGCUCCUUGGGUCGGUCGGCGUCCGCGUCCUUCUCUGCUAAACUCUAAGUGAUGAGCUCUCCUCCUCAGGGGCCUUUGCGGGCUUCCAGGGUCUCCUAGGAUGGGUGCCCCUUGGCCUUAGACUUCUCUUCACUUGCUUCUAUCCAUCUUCAGCACCUGUAUGUUUCCCUCUCUCUGUUCAAUGUAUUUCUCUGCCUACUUCACCUGUUAGACUGGAUGUUCCUUGUGGGCAGGGAACAUCUCAGACUUCUGCUCUCCCUUCCAAGUGCUUAGAACAGCACUCAGUAUACACUCAAUAAAUACUGUUACCCCUCC